AUGACGACCGUCGCGCCGUCGUUCGCAGACAAUACCAUUCUGGCCUAUCUCCAGACAUUGGUGGCCACCAAGCCAGGACUACCUCACGGGCAGCCCGUCUGUGUGCUGACAGGGCACAAUGUCAAUGACUCGGAGACGCUGGUCCAAUUGGCCGCGGACCUGGCUCACCUAUCUGGCGCGGAAGCACCGGUUUCUGCUGUGGGAGGAAGCAAGAUGAUGAACUGCACCGUCGACUUUGCAGCCCAGAUCAAGGAAUCGCACGCCGUGCGCAACACCAUGCGCGACCUCAUCCAAAAGAAAUAUACCAGGGGUACCAUCAAGUUGGCGACGUGGUCAGGUCUGGCGACCUGCUACGCUCCCGGGAUUGCUGCUUCAAGAGCAGGAGUGGACAUUCUGGUUUCUUCGCUCAGAGAUGCAGCUCGGGACACCGUCGCGGCGACGCUGAAGAACAUCCAAACAGAAAUCUCCGCCGAGCAGACGGGCAGCGGGUCCUCUGAUGACGGCGCUUCGGUGGAAGAGAGCACGGGUAACGUCCAGCAAAUCGAUUCCUGGGAAGAACUAGCCGCGAACAACCUGGGCGUGACUACGCGCAAAUUGUCAACCAUCUCGCUCACCCAGACGAUCACCCAGCACACCGAGACCAUUGACGACGAAUCCAAGCCGAGUGCGGAUCCGCGCCUUCAGGAACUUCUGCAGAGCCACCUCGUUUCCGCUACUGAGGAUGGCCCCCUGCCGCCACCACUGCUGGCACGCGGCAUGGUGUAUAUCAUGCCUGUUUCGGAGAACUCGUCCUUCAAGUCGGAGUACCGCCGGGCUUCGAUCGAGUCUGCACGACAAAACCAGGACUUUGUCUGUGGUUUUGUGUCUGCCGAGCCCUGGUUCACCAAUGGCCGCGGAAAUGAUCUGGUAGACCUAGACGCAAUGGAUGAAGAGGGUCUGCCGCUCCCGGAGAACAAACGCUCGCCCAAAUCGACCUAUCUAGAGAAGUCUCAUUCGAUGGCUCUGUUCUCACUUGUGCCGCCGCAGCUGGGUGUGGGUGUGCCUAUGGAGGACCAUGAAGAUACACAGUCUCGAUAUGCAUCCAAGCUAGAAUCCAUCAUCGGAAAAGCCGUUCAGCUUCGGGAGGUCAACUUGAGGAAGAGGGAGCUUGAGAAGAAGAGCACCGCAGACAAGCCGGGGCUGAAUAUCUUGCAUGUCCCAAUUGUUUCGCUGCCAUGA